ACAAAUAAUUAAUAAUUAGUGUCUUGGGUGGGGCCCACUUCAAUAAGAACGUUGGGAAUAAAACUUUGAUUUUUAUCCUCUUCCCUUUUUACCCUUCUUCUUUUAUCAGACCGUUGCGAUCAAAAAAAUAAUCUUUUAAAAACCAGACCACUACGCUGAAACGAAACCCCCAAAAAUUCCUCACACAAAAACCUUCGAAAACCACAACAAUGGCGGAGACCAACGGCUCUCCGCUUCUACACUCUCUCCACGCCGCCCUCGAUCCCAAAUCGCUGAUUCUAUCUCAAUUCGCCGAUUCGAAUCACAAUCCCCACCUCCUUCAGCUAACAACCGAGAGUUUCAUCAUGGAGAGAGGCCCUAGAUUCAAGGAAUAUUCCGAUCUCAGAGAGAAGAGGCUGAGGAUGAAGAAUUCAACAUCUGAACAGCAAACGCCGGAGAAAGAGAAGGAUCUAAAGCUUCACAGUCGGUCGAUUCUGACGCCGCCGCGGAAGCAGGUGAAACUCAGUUCGAAUUUCACGACGCCGCCGAGGCGGCCGAAACCGCCGUCGGUUCUGACCCAAUCCGUGCCGGAUUUCUCGUCCGCUCUGCGGAAGGAGAAUCGGAGGCCGGCGGCGCCGCUGCCGCCUGUGGCGGAGCGGUCGCCGGCGGCGAGUGGGAGGAAUUACGGGAAGGUGGGCGGAGGUGGGAGUAAGUCUACGAAUACGGCGGCGGAGAAGAGGAGUGGCGGUGGUGGUGGUGGUUUGAUGGCGAGGAAAAGCUACGCGAGCAUGGAGGAGAUAAAGGGGUUGGCCGCCGCCGCGGGGAAUGCCAUCAACGGCGAAAACAAGGGUUUGUUGAAGAGUGGCAGAGGAAUCGGGAAAACUGUUUUGGGGUACAGACAGUUUUAUUAAUCAUGAAUAUUUGAUUAAUGGAUAAUUACUAGUAUUUCAUUUUAUUUUUUUCUUGGAU